AUGGAUUCCUUGAGUGCCGCUCAAAUCCGCCAGAAGUUUAUUGACUUCUUCAACCGCUAUGAGCACCAGUAUGUGCACUCUUCUUCCACCAUCCCACUGGAUGACCCCACACUGCUCUUUGCCAAUGCUGGCAUGAACCAGUUCAAGCCCAUCUUUCUGAACACAAUUGAUCCAUCCCACCCCAUGGCAAGGCUUCGCCGCGCAGCCAACACCCAAAAGUGUAUCCGUGCAGGAGGAAAGCACAAUGAUCUGGAUGAUGUGGGCAAAGACGUUUACCACCACACCUUCUUCGAGAUGUUGGGGUCAUGGUCCUUCGGGGACUACUUCAAGCAACUGGCCUGCAAGAUGGCCCUGGAGCUGCUGACGGAGGAGUUUGGCAUUUCAAUUGACCGCCUGUACGUCACCUACUUCGGUGGCAACGACGAUGCGGGCCUGGAGGCGGACUUGGAGUGCAAAGAAAUCUGGAUGGCGCUUGGGAUGGAUGAAGCGCGGAUCCUACCAGGUAGUAUGAAGGAUAACUUCUGGGAGAUGGGAGACACAGGCCCCUGCGGUCCUUGCAGCGAAAUCCACUACGACCGUAUUGGAGGAAGAGAUGCCGCCCAUUUGGUGAACAUGGAUGACCCCAACGUACUGGAAGUCUGGAACCUGGUGUUCAUCCAGUUCAACAGGGAGUCCGAGACAGUGCUGAAACCGCUACCGAAGAAGAGCAUCGACACUGGAAUGGGUUUGGAACGCUUGGUGUCGGUACUGCAGAACAAGAUGUCCAAUUACGACACUGAUCUGUUCAUCCCAUACUUUGAAGCGAUUCAGAAGGGUACUGGUGCCCGGCCAUACACUGGCAAAGUAGGCGCCGAGGAUGCCGACGGUGUCGACAUGGCCUACCGUGUCCUGGCUGAUCACGCUCGCACCAUCACCAUUGCGCUUUCGGAUGGUGGGCGGCCUGACAACACUGGAAGGGGGUAUGUUUUGCGAAGAAUUCUGCGUCGUGCGGUUCGAUAUUCCCAUGAGAAGUUAGGUGCUCAGAAAGGGUUUUUUGCAUCAUUGGUCGAUGUGGUCGUCAAUUCUCUGGGUGAAGCAUUUCCUGAAUUGAAGAAAGACCCAGAAAUUGUCAAGGACAUCAUAAAUGAGGAAGAAGCACAGUUCCUCAAAACCCUCAGCAGGGGGCGACGUAUCCUUGACAGGAAGAUCAUGAGUAUGGGUGACAGUAAAACCAUUCCAGGCGACACAGCAUGGCUGUUGUAUGACACGUACGGCUUCCCUCUGGACUUGACAUCGCUGAUUGCAGAGGAGAAAGGCAUGCAGGUGGAUUUAGCUUCCUUUGAGGAGGAAAAGAAAGCUGCGCAGUUAAAGUCCCAAGGUAAAGGAGCAGGAGACGUGGACCACAUCAUGUUGGACAUCUAUGCUAUUGAAGAGCUGAGAAAUAAGAACAUCCCCGCCACAGACGAUUCUCCCAAAUACAAAUACACCUCAGAUGAAAACGGCACCUACAAGUUCCAACAGGCAUCUGCCACCGUAUUGGCCCUGCGUCACGACCGCGCUUUCUGCGAACAAGUGACCACAGGACAGAAGUGUGGUGUGCUGCUGGAUCAGACGUCUUUCUAUGCAGAGCAGGGCGGACAGACAUUUGAUGAAGGCUACAUACUUCGAGAAGAUGAUAACACAGAGGAUCGAAUGGAGUUUUCGGUGAAGAACACACAGGUUAGAGGAGGUUACGUCCUCCACGUGGGCACCGUUUACGGAACAAUGAAGGUCGGAGACCGUGUCACCUUACAUGUAGACGAGGCUCGCCGCAGGCCCAUCAUGAGCAACCAUACAGCUACGCACAUCCUCAACUUUGCUCUUAGGGGAGUUUUGGGCGAGGCAGACCAAAGGGGCUCCUUGGUGGCGUCGGACCGACUUCGGUUUGACUUCACUGCUAAAGGCGCCCUUAGCACGGGGGAGGUCCGUCGGACCGAAGAGAUUGCUUGCGCUAUGAUAAGAGAUGCCAAGCCCGUUUACGCCCUUGAAGCCUCCUUGGCACAAGCCAAGGCUAUUCAGGGUCUGCGUGCAGUGUUUGAUGAGACGUACCCCGACCCGGUGAGGGUUGUGUCCAUCGGCGUUCCGGUUCAGGACUUGCUGGAUGACCCCAACAGUGCCGCUGGUUCCCUUACCUCCAUUGAGUUUUGUGGUGGAACCCAUCUGCAGAACUCUGCUCAUGCUGCGCCGUUUGUCAUCGUCUCAGAAGAGGCCAUCGCUAAGGGCAUCCGUCGCAUUGUUGCGGUGACGGGAAGCGAGGCCCAGAAGGCUCAGAGGAAAGCCGACACACUGAAGCAAGCUCUAGGUUCCCUCGCAGACAAAGUGAAGCAGCAGACAGUACCCAACAAGGACGUCCAGAAAGAUAUUGCAGACAUGACAGAGUCGAUAGGCACUGCAGUGAUCUCCCAGUGGCGAAAGGAUGAAAUGAGGGAGAGCCUGAAGGGGCUAAAGAAGACCAUGGAUGACCUGGACCGUUCUUACAAGGCGGACAUUCAGAAGAGAGUUCUGGAAAAGACCAAGGAGGUGAUCAAAAGUAGCCCCAAUCAAGCGCUGCUAGUCAUGGCCAUGGAGACCGGUGCCUCAGCCAAGGCUCUCAAUGAGUGCCUGAAAGUGCUGAAGUCAAACUCCCCUGAAACCGCCGCCAUGCUCUUUGCCGUGGACCCCGAUGCCGGCAAGGUCAUCUGCUUGUGUGAAGUCCCUCAGGAGAAAGCUAAUCGAGGCCUGAAGGCAAGCGAGUGGGUUCAGGAGUUGUGUCCCCUGAUGGACGGCAAAGGGGGCGGCAAGGACAUGUCCGCACAAGCCGCUGGGCGCAACACGCAGUGUCUAGAGGAGGCGCUACAAAUGGCCAAGCAGUUUGCAACUCUCAAAUUGGGAGAAAAUUAA